CGUGGCGAGCGACCAAUCCCGGCUGCCCCGCCAUGGCGGCGCCCAGGCGGUGAGGCGGCAGCGGCGAUGUCGGGCCGCGGCGUGUGGCUGCGGGCGCGGCUGCGGCUGCGGCGCUUCCCCGCGCUGCUGGCGGGCUGCGGGGAGCAGGCGGCGGCCUACGGACGGUGCGUGGCGGCGGCGGCGGCGGGGCCGGCGGAGCUGCGGCGGGACACCUGCCUGCAGGAGUUCCGGGCGCUGCAGGAUUGCUUCUCCCGGGCGGCGAAGGCGACAUGACGGUGGUGGCCGCCCCACGGCCCGGAGACGCUUCGCGAAAAAUAAAAUCUCUGCAGCGGC